GAUGUGCUGCAGUAACCUGCUGAGUGACUGCAGAAAUCCUUCCCCUCCUCACUGAAGCUGCAGUGUCCGUGGGCAGGGGGUUUGUGUUUCCUUGCCAUCCUCAUCUUGCAUAUGUAGUAUGCCAGCCCCAGUAGGAGGAGACAUGCUAUGUAACUGGGUGUGAUGUGACUGACAAUAUUGUGUAGUAGAUCAGGGAGGCCCAGGGCCCCUCUCUAUUGUGCUGUUACAAUGUCCUCUCUGCUCCCGAUCCUGCCACUGCUGGUGACAACUGUCUUUGCUCAGCUGCAAGUCACAACCUCUCCAUCUCCGGUUUCGGCUGAAGUGGGAUCCACUGCCGUCUUGCAGUGUAAGUUUGCCUUGGGUGUUACCCCCGUGGACCCGGCGCAGGUACAUGUGGUAUGGAAGAAUGAGGGGAAAAAAGUGCUGUCGUACGUGGAUCAAAUCACAGCAUUCAGACCCGGGGCACAGAUAACAGAAGAGCACCUGGCACAGGGAGAUGCCUCACUGUCUCUCCCUAAUGUCACCCAUGAGGACGCUGGCUGGUAUUCCUGUAGCAUCCGACUAGCAUCUGAACAAGCUACACAGAGUUUAAACUUAAUAGUUAAAGAUUAUCGCUACAUCAAAGUUGAAGGAACAACAGUAAUUCUGAACCAGUCCAACGAGCUAAGUUGUUCAGCUAGUAACCUCUCAUCUCCUGAUGUGACGUUUGAGUGGGUGAGAAAUGGAAAAGUUCUCAGCACCUCCAUCCCACUGGUGGUAGAAGGCUCCGAUAGUGACGGGUUUAGGGUGCAAAACGCCUUCUGCUUUACUCCUGUACUGGGGGACGACAGCGCUCGCUUUGCUUGCCAAAUUAAGCAAGAAAAUGUCCCUUACCCACUGAAGAAAACAUUCCAACUUACUUUCGGGGCUCGUCCGCAAGUCACAUUCUACCUCUCCAGCAAAGGUCAAAAGAAUUCUUCCUUGGUAUGCCUGGUGUCAGGCUUCUACCCUGAUGAUCUGAGCCUUGCAAUGAAAAGAGAUGGACAGCCCCUUGGAUACAAGUUAAAUAAGUGGCUGAAUGGUAACGGCACCUACUCACUAGAGGCCACUUAUCGGUCCAACGUUAGUUACAGUGAUGACAACGUUGAUUACACUUGUACCGUUUAUCACCCUACAGUGCCAGGAGGUACAACAGAGAGACUCAGAUUCCUGGUUGAUGCCUAUGUACCUAUAGGAUUAUGGAUUGCAGCUAUUAGUGGUCUUUUACUGGCAGCCCUAUUUCAGAUUUUCUGCAAAUACGUGACAGACAUUACAGGGUGCAAGGACUGGACUGACGGGAGCAUUGCAGUCCUAAAAUGCCAUAUCUCAGGACGAUACCCCAGGUCUAUAACUGCAGUAUGGUUCAUCCGGCGAGGUGACAAGGAAACUGAAGUGAAGGAGAAAGGCUCCCUCUACACAGCAGGCAAUUACAGAGAACUACAAGAACAGGAUUCAUACACAUGCUGGAAUGUUGUAAAGAAAAAGUUUGUUGGUGGAAUUCGCCACUCUCUGUGCUCCAUCCUCUGCUUCAAGGUGCACAAGGAAAAGCAUGACCAGGCGGAAUUCAUCUGCCGCUUCAUGAGAGCAGGGAAGGUACUGAAGGAGAAGAAAUACUAUGGAACUGUGUUGGAUAAUUAUGGGUUCUACUCAGUAUCUAAAGUCUGCAUUCCAGAAGCUUGUAAUGAAGGAGAGAAGUUAACUCUUAGCUGUACAAUGAAGGGAAAUGUUCCCCGAGACAUCAGGGUCACUUGGGAGAAGAGUUUCAAUGAAGAGCGAACAGGCAUCGAAAAGGACCAAGAUACCAAUUACCAGGUUACUGAAAAUAUUUCACCUGGGCAGAUCUGCUCCUUCCUUACUUUCUGUCCAACCUGUGAGGAUUCCGGAGCCAUAUUUACAUGUUCCAUCACUGAUAAUGAAGGGAGGAUCCUCGGAGAACGCAGCUCGCAGCCCCUGAAAGUAGCUGAACCAAAGAAGACCAGCUGGAGCUCGACUUACCGGGACUGGGGUUUUCGGGCAUUUGAUGAGACUGUAACCUCCGAGAUGUAAGAGUGAGAGUGAUUUGUGGCUCCUUUGGCUUCCAGUUCAAUCAAGCACUUCACCACUUUCUCAUCUACUUCUGGUCCUCAGCCCAGAGCUCCAAGAGGUGGCAACACAAUAUAAAUAAACUGUUUCUCUGCACUUUGGUCCUCAAACUGAAAAAGGCGAAGGGACACAUACAAAAGCACAAAUGGUGGGCUGAAUGGAAUCUGUCACCAUUGCGUCUUUCUGUGUUACCAAAUACAGUCAUCGAUAUGACUUUCCUGUCACAAUAUAAUAAUAUUAAAACGCACACACGUUGGAGAAUUCAAACAAUACAAAAUACAUCAACUGAUUGCAAGGCAGAAAUCUUGCACAGAAAACCUGAGGGGAGCUGACUUUGACUCUAACUGUACAGUCUCCAUUUGUAAUGUGAAAGAUAUUUUGGUCUUGUUAAUGCUGCAAUACAGUAUGUGCCAAUACUCUGGCUAUUGUGGGUAUUUAAAGUGUCUAUGGAACUUCGGUUAAACAAAAUGUGUGAAUAUGCUCAAUAAAGCUCGCUAAACCUCCA